UAUUUAAAAGCGGGUAAAUUUGUAAACUUUUCCGAGCUGAAAUGAAUCCCAGGGGGCCUUCCCGGGGAGGCGCCCCCUCGCGAUUCGUGCGUGGGCGUGGUCGCGGAGGCGGAGCCUACCGUCCGUAUUUCUACUUUCGGCGCAAUGGACGUGUGAUCCCAGCCGGAGGCAAUCGACAACCCAACCAGGGGGAACCUGGAGCAUCAGACGCUCCGUCUGUUCCGCCUGCAACUCGGCAACCCAGGGGCUGGAGCCGCGCAGCCGGCAAGCGAGGACGCAAUGCUCACUUGGACUGCAGCUUUCUGCGGCCGGAAAACUACGCCGCACCAGAAGACGGACUCCAAGUGCAGAGCAUCGCGGUGGAUAAUCCACGGGCUUAUUCCGGCUGGCGACUGUACUUCUUGCGCGAGAAAUAUGAGGAGGGCAACGAACUGGCCACAAGGAUAAUGGCCGUAGAAGCAUACUACCAACGUAAUCCUCAAACCUUUGAUUUCGUGAUGAUACGGGAUCGGGGAUUCUUUCCCCUCUGCGCAACAGGCAUCAAAUCAGAUGCCCAGCUGAAAGAGGUGUGGCCCAGUUUGUCCGCAGACAUCAGGGAGCACCCGCUUCGUACGCUGGGCACCCUGUCGUUGGCCAUGCACACUGUGGUCGUCAACCACCAGCUGGACUGUAAUGAUUCCACCACAGCUAUGGUGUCCACUCCCGAACAGUACGUCCCCCCUACCUCACGGGUACGCAAGAUCUACGCACGACCGGAGGAUUUUGUGCCCGUGGAAUCAAUAGAAGGAAUAAGCCAUUCCCGAGUGGACACUUUGUUUUCCAUCCGGGGCUUUGUGAGCAAUGUGGGCGAGCCUAGCUACAGCCUAACGUGGCAAGCCUUUCGCUGCAGUCGCUGCCAGAUGGAGAUUGCCAUGCGCCAACGGGGAACCUUCCAGCCACGUCCUUAUCAAUGCAAGCGAUCGGAGUGCGUUGCUCGUGACGAAUUCGUGCCUCUUCGCAGCUCCCCAUACACCAGGCUUUCAAUCCGACAGAUUAUCCGCGUGGAGGAGUCCAGUUUGGACUUGGUCCACGACUUUGAGACCAGCUUGCCUGCAGAAAUGGACGUGGAGCUGCGACAUGAUCUAGUAGAUGCUGUGCGUGUCGGACAGGAGGUCGUGAUAACUGGCAUCCUUAAGCUGCAGGAAUUGGGCGACGACACUACCACUGCAGACACCUCCAACCAGAUGCAGCCCUAUCUCAAGGCAGUCAGCAUUAGGGAUGCGGGCAGCAUCAAGCGGGAGUUAAGCGAACGUGACUUGGAAGCGAUUGCCAUGAUCAAUGCGGAACCCAACAGCUUUAAGCUACUGGUGCAAUCCAUUGCCCCGGAGGUGUACGGACAUGAGCUACCCAAAGGCGCCUGUUUGCUAUCCCUUCUCGGCGGGAAAGGAGCGGAGUCUGAAGCCAUCAACGUGCUCCUUGUGGGUGAUCCCGGCAUUGGAAAGACCAAGAUUCUGCAAAGUUGUGCUCAGAUCGCUGAACGUGGUGCCCACGUGAGUGGAAAACGUGGGGCUCAAUCCGCACAACAACUGGGUGUUACGUUUGCUGGGCGGAACAAGCGUGUGCUACAAGCGGGUUCCUUGAUGAUGGCCAGUGAAGGCGGUCACUGCACCCUCGACGAUGUGGAUAAACUUGCGUCCAAGCAGGCCGUACUGUUGCAGUGCCUACAAUCUGAGGAAGUAAAUCUUCCACUUGCAGGAGCCUUUGCCUCAUUCCCGGCGCAACCUUCGGUGAUAGCCUGCGCAAAUCCACAAAGAGGACAGUACGAUGAGGGGCGCGACCUUUUACAAAAUAUUAAUAUUACUCCCUCUUUGCUUCGGGAGUUCCAUUUGGUCUACAUAUUAUUGGACAAGCCCUCGGAGAGAGAUAUGUCGCUGACUGCCCAUGUGAGGGCUCUCCACGCGGGCGCUAAGAAGCGAGCGAGAAUUGCAGCCCGCUAUGCUCUUAAGCCCAAAACGAGUGACUCCAUGUGCGAGGUCAGCUUUAAUGUGUCGGCAGCGGGAAGAGAUGAUGACACAAUCAAAACGGAGGACGAUAAUGACAGCAUUAUGCAGCAGGAUUACGACCUAGACAAACGUCUGGAGGUACUUCCGGAGGAGGGGGAAUUGGACCUGAUCCCGCCCAUACUGAUUAAGAAGUUCUUGUCCUAUGCUCGCCAGGAAUUAAAUCCGGUCCUAAACGAGGACGCCAGCAAUGCUGUUCUGCGAUACUUCCUGGAGCUCAAAGAAAGCUGCAAACUCGAUGAAGGCGUUUUCAGCCAGAUUGGCGCAGGGCAACUUCUUGGGAUAAUUCACCUGUCCCAGGCACGUGCUCGCCUGGAUUUAUCCCAGGUGGUCAGUCCGCAGCACGUACGCGAUGUGAUCGCCCUGCUGACCGAGAGCAUCACCCAGACCAGCCUCAAUGAGGGCUCCAGCAGGCCCGGAGCUCGUGGCGCUGGGGGAGGAGCCGGAAAGAGCGCUCAACUGCGCAAUUUUUUGGAGCUUACGAAGAGACGUUCGGCGGCAUUGGGACGACGCAUCUUCGAAUUCGAUGAGCUAAAGGAAAUCGGAACCCGGGCUGGCAUUUUGACCGGCUUUAGUCAGCUGGUGGAAAUGGCAAACCUGGGUGGCUAUUUGCUCAUGAAGGGCGCAAACAUGUACGAAGUGGUUCCGGACUAGGCAAAUGACAAACGAGAGUGCCAAUAUUUGGCUAACGUCUGUGGUUUUUGUUUCUGGUUAACUAUAAGUUAAGUGGGUUCCAAAAUGAGACAAGCCGUCUAGUAAUUAAUAAUAAAUGCUAUGAAAAACAUUUUUCUGUUUAACACUCACACCAUUACGUUGUAGUUCUGGUUAUAUUGAUUACAUUUUUAUAAAGUUGAAAUAAUAAGCAUACUUUUGGGACCAUAUCAAUUUCACUUUUUCAUAUUCUUGCCUAAUAUUUUUGACUGAAAAAUAUGUGAAGAUACUUUGCCGUAAGAUAGUAAGAAAAUCCUCUCUGAGGAUUCAAUUACAAACGCACAUUCCACAAUUGGUUUCAUAUAAUACUUUAUUUUCUUGUAUCCAUAAAAUUAGAUAUAGAGUAAUAAGUUUUUAUAAAUAAAUACACAAAACAGUUUUUUCCGUUAGAAGUAA